CGAUAACAUCCAAAAUGUGGAACUUAGUAGUAUUUUUUAUUGUUUUACAAAACGUGUCAUGUUUUAGUCAAUUUCUUAACGAUGAAGCCUACGUUCGCGUUGAUGAAGAAUAUCAAGAGUAUGCGAUACCUUUACAGUGUCACCAAUAUUGUACAGAAGAAAGGGAAAAACGACAAUAUUCUCCAGGAAGGAGUAGAGUUAUCGAAGCAAUGUUGAAAGCUCCUACAUUUAAUUUAAGUCCCGACCAAUCUGAUUUGUUUUACGUCCUGAGAGACCACUAUGAAUUACCUGAAGGUUUCAAAGGACCUCUGUCAGAAUACGACUUCAUAGUUAUUGGCGCAGGUUCAGCAGGCAGUGUUCUGGCAUCAAGAUUGAGUGAGGGCAAGGAAGCGUCAGUGUUACUACUGGAAGCCGGCCGACCAGAAUCCCUAUUCACUGAAGUUCCUAUUCUUGCGCCUUUUUUCCAACAGACGGAUUACGUUUGGCAUUAUUUGAUGGAGCCACAGCCUAACGUAUGUAUGGGUAAGGGCAAAACUUUUUAUUGUUUUAACUAUCACAGCACAACAUUGUAA